AGUAACCGGACGGUUAAUGAAAAGCUCGGGACGUUGGCAUUCUUGGGCCCAUUUGAACGCUUUCUGCUGAACCACUCAACUAUGUCGAUCACGAACCCGAAACAAACUGUUCUGAAUCCGACCAUUCCCUUUGCUGGGACGAUCCUGGGAGGUUUACAGCCUGGGGAGAUGGUGCUCAUUCAAGGCACUGUUCCCAGUGAUUGUGAGAGGUUUCAGGUGGACUUCACCCGUGGGAACAGCACAAAGCCCAGAGCGGACAUAGCCUUCCAUUUCAACCCUCGCUUUAAGAGAUCUCCCUGCAUCGUGUGCAACACACUGGAGAGAGAGAGCUGGGGCAAGGAGGAGAUCCUGUAUAAGAACGCUUUCACACUGGGGUCAACCUUUGAGAUGAUCGUCCUGGUGCAGAAAGACGAGUUUAAGGUGGCAGUGAACGGUGCUCAUGUACUGCAGUAUAACCACAGACUGGACCUGGAUAAGGUGGACACACUGGCCAUUUCUGGAAAGGUCAAGGUUCAGGCCAUCGGCUUCUUCCCCGCCUCUAACUCCGGUCCACCUCCACCUGGUGUUGUGCACAACAGAGGCCCACAAGCCAAUGAAGUGCUUUCAAUGUCAGAUGACUUGAGUCUGCCCUUCAGGGGCAAACUGACCAAGGGGUUGAGUGUAGGACACACCAUCACAAUCAAAGGACAGACCAGCCUGUACCCACACAGCUUCUUGGUGAACCUGAGAGUCGGUAACACGGAGGACAUAGCGCUCCACCUGAACCCCCGUAUGAAGGCCGCCGUGUUCAUCCGUAACUCCUACCUGUCCGAGUGCUGGGGCCCCGAGGAGAACACCCUGCCCAGCUUCCCCUUCUCCCCUGGGGAGUACUUUGAGAUGAUCAUGCUGUGUGAGGCCCACCAGUUCAAGGUAGCGGUGAACGGGGUCCACCAACUGGACUAUAAGCACCGUGUCCAGGACCUGAGCCGCAUUACUGAGCUGGAGAUCCUGGGAGACCUGGAGCUGCUGGAUAUCAAGCUGUGGUGACCCCUGACCUCCAAGAUCUGUUUUAUGUCCCAAUUGUCUCUUCUUCCUCCCAAAGUGUGCUUUUGUUCACAUUCCUUCACUGAUUUGAAAGGAAAUGACCGGCAUGAGAUUAACGGUUAACGUUCUCUAGCUAGCCUAUGCCUUCAUCAUUCCAAUGCUUUUAAGUAGAUAUUAUUGGGACACACUGCUAACCUCCAAGAUCUGACCCCAGUCACCCUUAGAAUGACCUCCAGCUCUGGCUACAUCACGAUUCACAACCCUUUCCCAGAAAUGUAGUAGCAGUAGCAGACCUUUCACACGCCCCGUCAUGGAUUUAAAAGGAUUGGGUGUAAGCAUUGGCUGGAGGAAGUAUCCACCAUUGUAAAAGCCAUGCAAGAAAGUGUGCAUUUUGGGAGAAGCAUGGAGAAUGGGCCAUAGCCUCCUCAGCCAGGGACUCGUAUAGCUUCGCUGAACAGCAUCUUCCACUGCAUGUCGUCUACCCAUUUGUAUCCUUGAUAUUCCUCCUAUGUGCAUGGUCUGGUUUUAAUUUGGGACUCUCUCUCAGUACGUUAACGGACUACAAACCAAGUAUCUGACAACCUAUCUAUUCAUUUUGGGGCAGGUUGAAUGUAAUUAGCAAAUUAUCUGUGGAAGCAGGUAUGGGUAACGUGACAAACGGGUAGGUAAACAGAAACACCUUUUUAUUCAUUUGAGGCAACAUGGGCAGGGUGAUCAGGUGGCUAUUGUGAUAGUAUCACUACGAUCAGUUUUGUAAUAAUCAUUAUCGUCUUAACGCAUCAGAAUAGCAAUACUUUCAUUUAUUAACGCUUGUUAUUUAAGCUCGUGCUUUAGCCGUUUAACCUUUUCAUCCCUGGAAUGUGAAAGCCUUCCUAUUAGCAGUUUAUCUAAUUUUCUAGACUCUACAGCGAAAUAUUUUAUGCCAUGGGCAUAAAUGGCUCAUAUAGCAACUUAACCAUGGCUUAUAUAGCAACUUAACCACUAUGUAACAAAGGAAUUAGAUCAGGGAAUUGAUCAUACACAUUACAUACCUAUUUCUAGAGCGCAGGUCUGCUAUAAGCAAUAUCUGCGCAAAUAUACAAUUUAUCAGGGAGCCUCUUUAACAAAAAGUUGGGUAGUCAUCAACUUUCUUAUGCAAGUUUCCACACAGAUAUUCCUGAGCUAUCAUUUUAAAGGUGGAUUUUGUGCAUAUGCCACCUGUGUGUUGAGUAAUUUCCGUCCCCAAAACUGAAGUUUUAUAUUUGAAUAUCAACCAAGAACAACUGUAAGCAAAAGCCUACAAGCUUUACCAUAGGAAAUGACUCAAGUAUGUAUAAAGAUGUGUGACCAUAAUAAAUGAACAAAUUAAAGUUGCA